UGACAGGUCGUAAAAGCGAGGCAAACUUUGUUUUCAUUUGCCCUCUUCUCCACAACACACAACAAGCCCACAAAGCAAGCGCGUCCAACAACCAGUGCAGGGGCAGGAAAACAACAGCCACCCAGCAAAUGGAGCUAUAGUCCAUUUGGUUUUUGGCGUUCUGUUUUGUGACACUUCCCUUCUCCGCUUGCCGCAUUCCGGACCCUUGAAAAAUGACGAAACGCAACGCCUGGUCACGGGCGGAAACGGCCGAGCUGCUCGACAUCAUACGGACGAGCUGCGUGUCCUUCCUGGACGGUACCAUCAACAACCGGAAGGGCCAGAUGUACCGCCAGAUCGAGUACGAGAUGCAGCGGCGCGGAGGCACCGGAGCCAACCGGGACGCCCGCCAGAUCGAGCACAAGUGGAAGAACCUCAAGUUUGGCUACGAGCGGUACAAGAGCGAGCUGGAGCAGCACGAAGCGAACGACACCAAAUCCUGGCUGUCCACCCCGAAGCCGUGCGAGUUUUACAAGGAACUGGAGGAGCUGUUCAGUGUGGUGGAGCAGCGGACCGCCACCACGGUCGUCAGCGGCAGCCCGGAGGUGGAAACGAUCGUCGGAAUCGAAGGUGUUACGUACUAUGAUGAAGAAUUUGUCACCGAGGAAGGACAGGAACUGGCGGUGGAUGACGACACGGUCGUGAUUGAGGAGAUUGUGUACGAUUCACAGGAUGCGAUCGAGUUCGAAGAACCCGUCGCCGGUCCGAGCAGCUCGAAAGCCCCGCCUGCCGCGCUACAGCCAGCCCAGCCGCCCGCCCCGAAGCGCAAAAAGCUGACGGCGGAAAACAUGGACGGCCUACUGUUGCGGAUUUGCGAAAUGCAGAAGCAGCACAACGACACGUUCAACCGCAACCAGAUGGAGUACAUCGAGAACGAGUUCGAAACGUUCCGCGAGCGCGAGCGGGAACAUUUGCUCCAGCUGAAGCUCGAUCUGGAGGUGUUGAAGCAAAAGUUUCUCGCCCGAAUACAGAAGAUUGCCAUCGGCGAGGGUGGGGCGAACGAGGCGGUGGAAGAGACGGUGGUCGGCCACGAAGCGAAACGGCGCCGCGUUGGGACCGGUGCUGCCAGGCGGAAGUAGGCGUCGUGCGGCGUCGGUAGGAUGGUGGUAGAGGGGGGUUGUAAUGAGGGCUGUAAUGGUAAAACAAACAAAUUAACAUUAAAGGACAGAUGAGGGACGUAAAUGCGAAUUCGAACGAUUUUCAUGUAAUAAAUACGAGAAAUACAUAAAAUGCAACUUUUUUAAGCAUAAAACACAA